AGCGCUGCUGCCGCUGCAGGUCUGUUGCUCGGUUCACUGGGCUAACUAAAGCAAUAAGGUCCAUCAACAAGCUAGUUAGCAGCGAGCGAUACGGUGGACGCUGCCGGGGAUGCUGCAGCAACAAGAGAACAUGAACUAGCUACCUGAAAGGUUUUUUCCCGGUGCCUUGACAAUCAUUACCGAGCUGAGGACCGUUUCAGGUGACUGUGGUUAGCUGCUUCAUUCAUGCGGUCGCUGGUGCUCACAGACGGGGUUUAUAGCUCUUGAGUGGCGGGGGAGCUCAGUCGUCAGCCCGCUGGGACAACUGGGGAACAACACGGCUCUCUCACCGAGUAGGAGCAUGGUGGUCCCGGACAGUGCCAGCGUGGUCCCCCAGCCUGGCAUCGGCCUCAUGGAGAGCUCCGAGCCCGGGUGUGAGGAGGAGGAAGGGGUGGGGGGUCAGGACCUGGCAGGGGUGGAGCUGGAGGAGGUCCGAAAGCUGCAGGAGCUUGUUCAUAGGUUGGAGGUCCAGAACGAGACCCUGCGCAACAGGGGGAGCAAGAAGACUAUCAUCCACAGAGGAGCCAGCAGCAGCAGCAACAGCAACCUCACGGCCGCUGUCAAUAUCAAUGAGAGGCUGACUUGUGAAGGGGUGAGCAACUCCCAUCUCAGAUUGGAGCACGGUGGCAAGCUGGGCAGCACAGACUUUGAGUUGUCACCCCCUCAGGACAGCAGUAGUGGCGAAGAGAUGUCCCCUCUCCCCAUGGCGAACAGGCUGGAGGAAGAGGAGGACGACGACGAGCAGGGUCCGUGUGGGGGCUUUCUAACACUGGCCUACAGCAACGGAGGGCGGCAGUCCGGGGGGCAAAGCCAGACGCCAGAGAGCCCCUCUCAGGACAGUUAUGACUCAGAGACACUCGCAGAGAGCGACUCAGGGGUGGACCAAACUGCACUGGAUGAAGUGGAUGUCCUAGAUUUGGAGGAUGAGUGUGCAGAAGUAGAGGACGAGGACAGUUGGUUGUAUGUGUCUCCAAAAAAGCAAGUAGCAGAGCCAGGCCCAGAGUCUCCAUUGAAGUGGUGUCGGCAGGCUCUUGACCACCGCAGCCCAGAGACAGAAAUUGCUUGUCGGACCCUGAUCAGCCGUUUAGACCAGACAUCUCGAUGGAGGAACAUGUACAGUAGCCCAUCAGCAGAGGCAGGCUCGGCAGGCUCAGGCCUGAUCUCUCCUGGGUACCACAAAUCAACUAACAAAUCCCUACUAACCUGUGGCACUUCAGGUGUCCCAAACAUGCAGUCAGCCCUGAGCUCACAGUCCUCCAUAGACAGUGAGCUCAGCACAUCAGAUGACUCCAUCUCUAUGGGCUAUAAGCUGCAGGAUCUCACUGAUGUCCAGAUCAUGGCUCGCCUACAGGAAGAGAGUUUGAGGCAGGAUUAUGCUUCUAGUUCAGCAUCUGCAUCACGCCGCAGCUCCACAGCCUCUCUGCAGUCCCUGCGCCGGGGCACCUACAGUGAUCAGGAAUUUGAUAGUUACAGCCUGGAGGACGAAGAGGAUGAGUUUUGCUCCAUGCCACAGCGACGACAUCGCUUUACCCCUUCGCCCUUAGGCUCACCCCGGUGCCUGUCUCCAUCCACCUCCAACCACGGUCAGGAAUACAGCAGCCGACUCGGGGCCCCACGCACAAGAGCACCCAGACGAUCUCUCCAGGGCCCCAGUGCAGAGCUGCUUAAAUUUGCUAAGAGUGAGGAGGAGUUGAGACACAGCAUGCCUAAUCUGGCCCCCCGCACCAGCCUACGUUCCCUGGAGGCAGUCAGAAACAGCCGCAGCAUGGAGGCUAACCUCCAGAGCUCUGGCAACCGCAUGUCCCAUCUGCCUCACUCCCCCUCCACAGGUAUGGCUUGUAGUCGGCUGCGUAGCAACGGCCAGUCGCCUCUCUCCCUGCGGGCUCCAGUUAAAGCUGUCGCUCCGGUGGGCUCCAUGCCACCUUGUCGUCAGCCAUCCAGAGGUCUGCCUGUUGUACAAGCAUCGCCUGCAGCAGGGGGUCGCAGGGUGCAGUCCCCAGGCUCUGUCAAUGGCGGAGCCUACAUACCCGGGAGAGCUUCCACUGGGGUGGGGAGGCCUGCCAUGGGCCGAGGACAGGCUGUGUCAUCAGCAUCCACCAGGAGUAAACUCUCACAGCCCCCCAGGAGGUCUUUGGGCAUGAGUAAAAUCUCAGAUGAAUCCUGGAAAGAUGGCUGUUACUGAGGUUGGCUGGUGAUGAAGGAUGUUCACUGCUGCAACCCCUCACCUGAUCUCUCCCGGUUACCUCUCGUAGUACAAAGAACACAGCCACUGUGUCCAUAGACACGUCAUACAACCUUUCAGUCCCCCCCAUUUCAAACUGGAGUGCUGGGCUACACUGGAUUCGUAGUUUAAGACUCAUCUCUUGCCCUUGCAUGAAACAUUGUCAACCCACACAGAGAGGAUGUGUAGGCAGACAAGAAGGCACACAUGCACACUCCACUUGUGAUAUGGACCAACUCAGAGCUUCCAGAAGAUUUGUUUGUGUCAAUUUUACUUAUUUUUCUAUGGUGAUUGUGAGAAACUGCUGGAAUAUUAAGGGUUGUAUUACUGUUCUCUUGAUGUAAUUGAUAUGACGACAAUUUAAAUGAAGAUAUUGCUGGUUUGUUCAUUUUCUGUGUGAAUUCCUAAUAGAUGAAGGUGCUGAGUGUUGCAUGCUCGGUUUUUUGUUUGUUUUUUUCCUCCUUAUUCCUACAGCCUUUUCAUCAUUAUGUAACUGCAAUAUGACAAAUCUCCCACGUGUUCCACAAUGAUCUGUGUGAAUUUAUGAAUGUUUGGUUGGUUCAUUGUGAAAUUAUCAUUAGAUUUGUGUUGUAUUUGUGUUUUGCUCUUCGAAUACACAGCAAUGCAACUCCUGUAAACCACACUGCCCUUAUAAAUAAUACAAAAAAAGGAAAAAAUAUGGUUUGUGCCAAGGUGCAUUUCAGCUGCAACACUCUUUCUAAUACCAGAAGUGAUUCAUUAAAGGUAAUCUUACGGUACUGUGUUUUUCAAGCAUUUUUACAGCAUAUCUAGAGGUGGUUUUGAGUGUCUGCUUUUGGAUACCACUGUAAUAAAGAAAAUGUUUAUGCACGAAGGCCGCGUGCCUUAGACAGCUAUGCACCCUCAUGCAGAGUGCCUCUGCAAUUUAAGAGCUGUAAUGAAACUGGAUAAUAAAGUCUUACCCUGAAACUAUAA